AUGGACGAAUCACCCCACCCCGUCAGUGAUAGGUAUACCUUGAGCCUGGAUCAAAGCUUGCAAGAACUGCAAGAAAAGAUUAACCAACACCGGGAAGAGCUUGCAGCGCUUCAACGAAAUGCCAACUCGAGGCAGAAUGGAUCCGGACCAGGGAGAGAACCUUAUGAAGUCAUGAGAGGCGCCUUCGAGCAAGUUGCUAGCACACCUCCAUUCGUACCUUUCUCGGAAUCCGUUUUACCCGCGCUACUGGCCUUGCGAACGACUCAUCAGACCGUUCUUGAAUCCCGAGCCUAUCUGACCAGUCAAGGAGCCACUUUUGAUCAGGCCAAAGGAAGGCUCGAGGUUGAGCAAGCGAGCUUGACUGACCAACAAACCCUUCAGCAGAGAUUGGAGAAGCGAAUUCAGUCUCUCAAAGACGAGGCCGAAUCUCGGAUGGAAUUAACGCCUGAACGAGCAGCCAAGGAAAGACUGGACGAACUGAGGCAGAAGAAGAAGCGUUACGACAGAGAGACGACUAAGCUACUCAAAGCUUUGAGAAACUUCAUUGACGGUCAUCUUGGAAGUCAACUAGCUGCCGAAGACCUCGGUGGACCCGUCGUGGGAGACAUGAUGGAAAUUGACUCGGAUCAACUCGGCGCUGGUUUCAAUGCCCAGGGCCGACCAGUCAAGGUCAAAUCCAAGGUGGACGAGGAUAAACGACAACGACGCCUCGAAGAAGUUUGGGGUCUACCUCAGGAGGAUGCAGGCCGAGAACAAGGCAAUGCGGACGAAGCAGCGGCUGCUGGUCGCGAGAUGCGCGACCUUACAGAACAGCUUCUAAACCAACAUGCAGAAGCAGCUGGCGACAGCACCGCGGCGUAUGUUAAGUUAUCAAAGGAAACAGCAGCGGCGCGAUUCCUCGUCAGGUCCAAGGUCGCUCAAUUCCAUCCUCGGGACGCGACGAGGCUCAAGCUCAUUGAUUUUGGAAGAGAGCUGGACGACUAG